GCAAAGGAAGCAGAGGAGCGACUGGCACCGCACGGCACGGACGGACAAAUUAGAACAAAAACAAAAAUUACAACCUAAAACAACUCUAAUCCAGCAAUCAGAACCCAGAAGAAUAAUUCGAGUUGGUGUAAAGUCUUAGGAAAAGUACACAAUGGCAAAAUCUAAGAACUUUGGAAUCGACGCGCUGUUGGCGCACCGGGUGGACCGAGACAGCUCCCAGGGACUGUGUUCUGAGGACAACCCAUUCUCGUGCCGCCGGUCGGAGACCCAAUCCCAGCGGAGGACCACCAGCGGUAUCCACAUUCAGACCGGGAAUAUCCCCAAACCGGGUCUAUUGAAUUUCUCUCACCAGGGACUGACCCAGCUGUCUCAGGGGGCCAUCCCUGGAAUGUAUCCCACCCACAUGUACCCCGUCGCGGCUCUGAGUGGCCAGCACACAGCCUUCGCCUAUCCCAGUUUCGCCCAGCCGUACCCGGAGCAUCUAAGGGCAGCAGUUAUGGCUGGGUUUCCUCUAGAACACUGGAUUAGAGCUGGAAUGAUGAUGCCAAGACUCGGAGACUAUGGUGGCAAUUUAACAUGUGAUAAUAACCUCUCUCUCAUGGUCUCCACUCCAGCCUCUUCUCAGGCCAGUCUGAUGGGAAAGUGUCGUAGGCCCAGAACAGCCUUCACCAGUCAACAGCUACUACAGCUGGAGAACCAGUUCAAACUCAACAAAUACCUGUCCAGACCUAAACGCUUUGAGGUGGCCACCUCUCUCAUGCUCACAGAGACACAGGUGAAGAUCUGGUUCCAGAACAGGCGGAUGAAGUGGAAGCGGAGCCGCAAGGCUAAGGAGCAGGCAAUCAAGGGCCAAGGUGACUCCGACUGUCCCCACGGGGGGAAGCAGGGCAGCAAUACCGGGUCUGGAGACACCCGUAACUCUGGUACCCCGGACGAUGAAGAUGAGGAGGAUCUGGGAGCAGGGGAAGAAGAUGAUGUGUUAAGUGCUGAUACCGUAGGAGCUGGAGUGGGUUUACUGUCUCACCCUACACAUUUCCUGAGGCACACUGCGACAGAGCUCAGCUAUAGUUCUCAUGGUUCCUACUCAGACAAUGAACUAGAGGACAGUGGGCCUGGACUGGAGAGAAGGGUUGGGGUGGGGUUAUGAGGACAGUAGGCCUGGACUGGAGAGAAGGGUUGGGGUGGGGUUAUGAGGACAGUGGGCCUGGACUGGAGAGAAAGGUUGGGAUGGGGAUAUGAGGAGAGUGGGCCUGGACUGGAGAGAAGGGUUGGGGUGGGGUUAUGAGGACAGUGGUCCUGGACUGGAGAGAAGGGUUGGGGUGGGGUUAUGAGGAGAGUGGGCCUGGACUGGAGAGAAGGGUUGGGGUGGGGUUAUGAGGACAGUGGGCCUGGACUGGAGAGAAGAGUUGGGGUGGGGUUAUGAGGACAGUGGGCCUGGACUGGAGAGAAGAGUUGGGGUGGGGUUAUGAGGAGAGUGGGCCUGGACUGGAGAGAAGGGUUGGGGUGGGGUUAUGAGGACAGUGGUCCUGGACUGGAGAGAAGGGUUGGGGUGGGGUUAUGAGGAGAGUGGGCCUGGACUGGAGAGAAGGGUUGGGGUGGGGUUAUGAGGACAGUGGGCCUGGACUGGAGAGAAGAGUUGGGGUGGGGUUAUGAGGACAGUGGGCCUGGACUGGAGAGAAGGGUUGGGGUGGGGUUAUGAGGACAGUGGGCCUGGACUGGAGAGAAGGGUUGGGGUGGGGUUAUGAGGACAGUGGGCCUGUCCUCAUAACCACUAUAUGGGGAAUAGGGUGCCAUUCAGGACGUAAACAACAUUUUCUCCACACUCACCAGCAGGUAUCAUCAUCAACAGUCAUGACUAGUGAUGAAGACUGAGAAUGUUAUCCAAAGUAGGCUACUACUAACUACUCACCUCAUCUGUGGCCCUAAGACAUUCCGCAAUGAGUGGUUAGAACACCUCAGCUGUGGCCCUAAGACAUUCAGCAAUGAGUGGUUAUAACACCUCAGCUGUGGCCCUAAGACAUUCAGCAAUGAGUGGUUAUAACACCUCAGCUGUGGCCCUAAGACAUUCAGCAAUGAGUGGUUAUAACACCUCAGCUGUGGCCCUAAGACAUUCAGUAAUGAGUGGUUAUAACACCUCAGCUGUGGCCCUAAGACAUUCAGUAAUGAGUGGUUAUAACACCUCAGCUGUGGCCCUAAGACAUUCAGCAAUGAGUUGUUAUAACACCUCAGCUGUGGCCCUAAGACAUUCAGCAAUGAGUGGUUAUAACACCUCAGCUGUGGCCCUAAGACAUUCAGCAAUGAGUGGUUAUAACACCUCAGCUGUGGCCCUAAGACAUUCAGCAAUGAGUUGUUACAAAUAGUUAUUCUUUUUAUGCUCCUCGUAGUUUUCUCUCUAUCAAAUGUCACACGUUUUGUGUUUUGUCCAUUCUGGUCAUAGUUGUGUGUCCAAAAACACCUCUUGUUUAACAAUUUUCAUUACAUUCAACAAGGAUACCAACAAUGACACCAUUUUGUAUUUGUAUUUAUUACAGAUCC